AUGGCAGUGGUUGCUUCUGCGCCGGGAAAAGUUUUGAUGACUGGUGGAUAUCUUAUUCUGGAGAGGCCUAAUGCAGGGAUUGUACUAAGUACAAAUGCCCGAUUUUAUGCUAUUGUCAAGCCGCUUUAUGAGGACCUUAAACCUGACAGACUUGACAUUACGAUUUUAGGCUGCAAUGAGUUCUAUUCAUAUAGAAAUCAGAUUGAAGCCCGAGGCCUGCCUCUAUCUCCCGAUUCACUGGCUUCUCUCCCACCUUUCACUUCGAUCACCUUUAAUGCAGAGGAAUCUAGUGAACAAAAGAGAAAACCCGAAGUUGCCAAAACUGGAUUGGGCUCGUCUGCUGCUAUGACAACUGCAGUUGUUGCUGCUUUACUUCAUUACCUUGGAGUGGUCAAACUUUCCUUAGAAAAUAGUUCUCUUCCAGGGGAUCAAGUCUCGAAGGAACUGGAUGUCGUGCAUAUCAUAGCUCAAACUGCUCACUGUAUAGCGCAGGGUAAAGUCGGUAGCAGUUUCGACGUGAGCUCUGCUGUUUACGGAAGUCAAAAGUAUAUCAGGUUUUCGCCUGAAGUACUUUCUUCUGCUCAGGAUAUUGCUCGAGGGCUUUCAAUACAAGAGGUCAUUGGAGAUGUGCUAAAAGCCAACUGGGAUCACAAGAGAACGAAUUUUCAGUUGCCACCAAUGAUGUCACUG